UGGAGGUUCCUGAUAUUGAUAAGUAUGUUGCAGGUGCGCGAGAGAGUGGGGUCUCCACGGCAAUCGACGCACAGUUGUCCAAAUUUUUGCUUCCCUUCGGUGUGCGCAGGCUCAUCAUCGGGGGACCUUCCCACGGGCACACAGCAAGUUGUUGCCAAGUUAUUGGUGUCCAACUCGAUUGCUGGUUCUGUGAUUGGAAAGGCCGGUGCGAACAUUGAGCAGCUGCAACGUUCAUCAGGAGCGCGUGUACAGCUCUCACGAGCCGGCGAGUUUUACCCAGGAACCUCGGACCGCGUCUUGCUGUUGUCGGGUUCUCUUCAUGCUGUGCUGACUGCCAUUUUCCUUAUCCUUGAGAAGAUAUCGCGCGAUGCAAAUGCGAGUGCGUCUUCUAAUGGAGUCAAGCGAGGCGCCAAAAAGCCGGAAGAGGCGGGUCAAGCACAGGUCAAGCUUGCGCUUUCCCGCAGGCUUUGUGGCCUCCUCAUUGGCCAUAAGGGACAGACGGUGCGCGACUUUAUCGGUGACUCGGGCUCAACCAUCCGGGUGCAGUCUCUUUCGGAGCUUACUCCCAGCGAUCCCGAGCGUACGAUCACGGUUUCGGGUGCGCGCGAUCAGGUCCUGCGGGCCGUCGCGCUCAUUUUGAACACGCUGUCCAUGCACGAGGGAUAUGCGUCGUACAUGGAGACGACGCUGCAGUUGGCUACCAACCAGGGGGUAGUGCUGCCGCCUCGUGCAGCGUCUUCCAAGAACGUGCUGUCCAACGUGCGCACGCAACUGACUCUGUACCUGUCUGAUGACGACGUCGGCGCCAUUCUGGGCAAGAAGGGCCAGAACCUCAUCGAGGUGCAGCAGAGCUCGCGCGUCACCAUCAAGAUCUCAGAUCGCUCGAAGAUGGACCCCACGACCAACGAGCGCGAGGUCACCAUCAGCGGCAACUACAGUGCCGUGAAGCUUGCAGAGGCAAUGAUCGCGGAGAAGCUCUCUGUGGCGCGCAGCCAGGCACGCUCCCGCGAUGGCGGAGCGAGUGACGACGCUUGAACAAGUUGAUGUACAGCUCUAGUGCAGCGCGCCGCGUAUGAGUAAUGUUUUUUUGAGUAAGCCAACGAACUACGUUUACCACGUCCUGGGAUUCAAGGGCGGUAGCGGACACAGGUGCAUUUAGCAUUGUAUGGACGGAAUCAUAAGGGCGAUGAGAUGGAUGAGCGACAAGGUAUGGGACAGUUGCGCCCGUAGCCAAAUUACACUAUGGUACAUUCUGAACUGGGACAUUUCAACUUCGUACGUACGACUAGUACAGUGUGGGCGUAGUUAACAGUGUGGCGGCGUUGCUUUCGGAACGUAAUUAUGUUAGGCAAUGGCCUCCGUGACUUACCUGCACAUGCACAUGUUGAAAGACUUCGUCGUACAUUUGGUGUUUUUUGUCGUGCAUGAGUUUUUUGGCAUUUUUGUGGGAAGCCCUUCAUCUUCUCGUCCACGACGGAACGUUUGUGGCUCGCGCGAUUUGGAAGUUAAGCAAAGAGUGUAAAAUAAGGACUUUC